UAUUAAAUCAAUAAUUUUUUUCUUUUUAAUUAACUUGAGACCUCAAUUUCUCUUAGCAAUCAAUGUUUCCUCGUUGGACUUUGCUUUCCUUUGUACUUUCCACAUGGCAUCAUCUAUUCUUUCAUAUUUGAUCCAACGGUCCAUAACAGAUAAUGUUUUCGCCGUUGGAAGGAAAGGAAAAGACAAAAAGAAAAAGGAAAGGAAAAGAAUAGAAAAGAAACGUGAGCGUCACCUUCCCCCGAGGAGUUACGGCCACCACUGGCCAGUGGCCACCCCAAGUUUGGGGCGUGCUUUUAGAGGAAAAUCUCACAAGUUCUCAGAAAAACUAUCUCCUGAGAAGCUCGGAUUCAAGCAUGAGAAGCUAACCCACCUAAACUUCUUCUUCCACGACAUCGUCACCGGCCAAAACCCGACCGCCGUCAGAGUCGCCGAGGCAGCGAUGACGAACACGUCAAAGACGUUGUUCGGAUCCGUCAUGAUAAUCGACGACCCAUUAACGGAAGGGCCUGAAAUGGAGUCGAAGCUGGUGGGAAGAGCCCAGGGAAUGUACGCAUCGGCAGGGCAAAACGAACCGGGUUUGUUGAUGGCGAUGACCUUCCAUUUCGUGGAAGGCAAGUUCAAUGGGAGUAAUCUGAGCUUUCUGGGCCGAAACUCGGUGUUCUCGGAGGUGAGGGAGUUGCCGAUUGUCGGCGGCAGCGGACUUUUUAGGUUUGCUCGUGGGUAUGCGGAGGCCCGGACUCGUACGUUGGAUAUGAAAACAGGGAACGCUGUCGUGGAAUACAACGUCUACGUCUUCCAUUACUGAUCUCCUUGGACUCUUCUUCUCUGGAAUAAGGAAGAUGACGCCGAUCACAGUCUAGUUCAAAAAAUUAUUAUUAUUAUUUGACAAAAUCUAGUGUCUUGUUGUUUGUGUUAUGGCCUUAUGGGUUUGAGUUUGGAUUGUUAUGAUUUUUUUUGUGUAAGUAUGUGAUGUUUUUAAUUAAAUUGUUAUGAGAUGAUAUUUAAAUUGGGAUGAGAA